CCCCCCCGUAAAAGCUCUCUGCACCUUAGAUGGUGACCGAAGAUGAUUCGUAGAAAGAAGCACCACCUCUAUCUCAACGCCCUCCUAUAAAUAGUCGCCUUGCUCUUUUCCCACCCCCUCAGAUUGACCGUCUCCGUAUCUUCUUCCCUCUGCUCUCUGAUAGAAAGCUAUCUCCGGAGAAACAGCCUUGGAGAUAUGGAGAGAGUUAUCUCAACAAAGGGCCUCCUUUCCCUCCCUCCCAAGCCUCAAACUCGCCCCUUUCACCCCCUCCACACCCUCCGCCGUCGUUUCCCCUCCGCCGCCGCUUGUUUUCCCUCGCCGGCCCUUCGCGCUCAUGUUCCGACCUCUGCGCUCCAUGACUUCAGUUCCAAGGAGAGAUCUUCGAUUCCCGGGCCUACUGCUGCUGCAAAGCCCGAAAAGUCGCACCUUUGCCCCGGGCUUUGGGCAGAACGGAGGAAAGUUCCCACUUUCAGGGCUGGCGCGGCGAUUCCUGCUGAUGGAGCCAGCUUUGUGGAGGAGGAGGAUAAGCCCAAGUUCCUGGGCGUCGAGAUAUCCACUCUUAAGAAGAUAAUUCCGCUCGGGGUUAUGUUCUUCUGCAUUCUCUUCAAUUAUACGAUCCUCAGGGACACGAAGGAUGUGCUGGUGGUGACGGCCAAGGGGAGCAGCGCCGAGAUUAUACCCUUCUUGAAGACGUGGGUGAACCUGCCGAUGGCCGUGGGAUUCAUGCUUUUGUACACCAAACUUUCCAAUGUGCUGUCAAAGGAGGCUCUUUUCUACACCGUGAUCCUGCCUUUCAUAGCCUUCUUCGGGGCCUUUUCGUUCGUGUUGUAUCCGCUGCGCGACGCCAUCCAUCCCACUGCCCUCGCAGACAAGCUCUUGGCAGCGCUCGGUCCAAGCUUCCUUGGCCCUGUCGCGAUUUUGAGGAUUUGGAGCUUCUGUCUCUUCUAUGUUAUGGCGGAGCUGUGGGGGAGUGUGGUGAUCUCGGUCCUGUUCUGGGGGUUCGCCAAUCAGAUUACUACAGUUGAGGAAGCCAAAGAAUUCUACCCAUUGUUUGGACUUGGAGCUAAUAUUGCCCUCAUCUUCUCGGGACGCACAGUAAAGUACUUCUCUAACCUGCGUAAGAAUUUGGGACCAGGUGUUGAUGGUUGGGCAAUUUCACUGAAAGGAAUGAUGAGUAUUGUUGUGCUUCUUGGCCUGAUAAUAUGUGCAAUCUAUUGGGGGGUGAAUAAAUUUGUUGUGAACGACCCAUCUCUUCCGAGAUCAGAUCGCAAAAAGAAGGAGAAGCCAAAACUAGGUAUGAAUGAGAGCCUGAAGGUUCUGCUGUCCUCUAGAUAUGUGAGGGAUCUUGCCACCUUGGUGGUUGCUUAUGGUAUAAGUAUCAACCUGGUAGAAGUCACAUGGAAAUCAAAGCUCAAGGCACAGUUUCCCAGUCCAAACGAAUAUUCAUCUUUUAUGGGUGAUUUCUCCACUGCUACUGGUGUUGCUACAUUCACAAUGAUGUUGCUAGGCAGAUUGAUACUCCGAAAAUUUGGUUGGGGGGUGGCUGCUAUGAUUACACCGACAGUUUUGCUUCUCACAGGAGUUGGAUUCUUCUCACUAAUUUUGUUUGGUGAGCCAUUGACUCCUCUGCUGGGAAGUCUCGGUAUGACUCCUUUGCUUGCAGCUGUCUAUGUGGGGGCAUUACAGAACAUUUUCAGCAAGAGUGCAAAAUACAGCCUGUUUGAUCCCUGCAAAGAAAUGGCUUAUAUUCCUUUGGAUGAAGAGAUGAAGGUUAAAGGGAAGGCAGCCAUCGAUGUUGUCUGCAACCCCCUGGGAAAAUCAGGAGGUGCCCUGAUCCAGCAGUUCAUGAUUUUGACAUUUGGGUCUCUAGCGAACUCGACUCCCUACCUCGGAGGAAUACUCCUGGUGAUCGUUCUUGCAUGGUUAGGUGCUGCAAGAUCUUUGGAUUCACAAUUCUCUCCUUUGGCUAAGCAGGAGCUUGAGAAGGAGAAAAUGCUGAAAGAAAAGGUGAAAGAGCAUUUGAUGGAAGCAACAAAGGAGGACACUGAUGGAUCUAAAGGGAAUGGGUCAGUUCAUGAAUCGGUUUCAAGUGACUACUCAUCGAACGGAUCACCUUCGAAACAAGAAUUAGCUCCUGAAUCUGAGGGUUCAUCAGAAACCAGCAGCAGCGAGCAAGGCUCCCCAGUCAGGUAGUACCCAGAAAGGAAAUCCGGAUGGCGAAAACAGCUGGUAAUUUAUCCUUGUGUCAGUUAGGAAUAACAUGAGAAGAACAGGUGAGAAGGCAACACUGUUUAUCUGCUUUGGUAGAGAACACAAUGAUCAAUUUUUAAUAUGUUCUCCUGUUAUUUGAGUAUUUGUUGGCACUUGUCAUCUCAAGAGGAACUGUGUGUCAUUUUGUAGUGUCUUCUGAUAAAAUGCAUUGUUCUCUCUUUUGCUGUA